GUGUAUGUGAAGGGAAAAGAGGACGGGGGAGCUUGAUGAGGGAGGAAAAGGCUUUUGGGGGCUUCCCUCAGCGGGGAGCUCCGUAGAGAGACGCGGGUGCAUUUCUGGGAGCGCUUCUGGAGCGGAACAUCACCACAGUACUAGGUGGCAAAAGCCAUCCCACCUGGUCCACCUGUGUGCCAAGAUGACUCUUUUCCACUUUGGGAAUUGUUUUGCCCUGGCUUAUUUCCCCUAUUUUAUCACCUAUAAAUGCAGCGGCCUGUCAGAAUAUAAUGCCUUCUGGCGAUGUGUGCAAGCAGGAGCCACCUACCUCUUUGUCCAGCUAUGCAAGAUGCUGUUUUUAGCUACAUUCUUUCCAACCUGGGAAGGUGGUGCAGGAGCGUACGAUUUUGUUGGAGAGUUCAUGAAAGCUACUGUAGACCUGGCUGACUUGGUGGGUCUCCACCUGGUGAUGUCCCGGAACGCGGGAAAAGGAGAAUAUAAGAUUAUGGUCGCUGCACUGGGCUGGGCCACGGCGGAACUCAUUAUGUCUCGAUGCAUCCCACUGUGGGUGGGAGCUCGUGGCAUCGAGUUUGAUUGGAAAUACAUUCAGAUGAGUAUUGAUUCCAACAUCAGCCUGGUUCAUUACAUCGCCACCGCUGCCCUGGUUUGGAUGUUCACCCGCUACGAUUUACCCAAACAUUACCGAUUGCCUCUUACUUUCCUCCUAGGUGUCAGUAUCUACAAAGCCUUCUUUAUGGAAUCGUUUGUGCACGUCUUCCUCCUGGGUAGCUGGACUGCGCUUCUGGUUAAAGCGGUGAUCACUGGCCUCCUUUCCUUCAGCUCCUUGGCUCUCUUUGUCACCCUGGUACACAGCAACUGAAGCGCCACCAAUUAUUAACUCCCAACAUGAGAGACCACGUCUUUGUACAUCCUAAGACAGCUCAGCUAUGGAUUCUGUUUGUAAAGACACACAGGCCUUUGCACUGCCUUCCUGCGGUGAGAUCGGUUCCACUGUGGCAAUUCCAAGAAUGAUGCUAAUUUAAAAAAAGUAUUAUUUAUACUUUGCCCAGUUUGAAUUCAUUUGGCUGUUCUCUACACCUGUGUCUCCAAGGUGGGGCAUGGGAGGAGUCACUGUAUGGGUAUUGUUACGGCCCAAUUGCCUGGAGACUGAGGUAAAUCUGAGGACACUCCCUCUGUUCCUUCUGGUGACUCCCCAGAUUAACCUCAGUCUUCGGCCUAACAGGAGCUAUUCAGUGACUCUCCAGUGAAUAGUGUUAGUUAGGAUAUGUUUGUAGUAUUAUUUCUCCCAUUUUGCAGCAUCCACAGGAUUUUCUCACAGCUUUUAUUUUAUUUUUAAAUUUUUCCAUCUUUCCUACCUCGAAUUUUGCGCCCUUUCCUGCCUGCCUAGGCGCGAUCUGCGCUCGUGCAGAUUUGCAGGUCCUGCAGCACCGGCUCCCGGUGAAAGGGGGGGGGGGGCAAAAAGCCAAACCUCGCAGCAGCUGCCCUCUGGAGGUGAAGAGGAAGCCAUUGGAGCUACGAAGACUCUGGAGGCAGCGAGAAGAGGAAGGAGCGGCUCAGCGGAACGGCUCUAGGCAUCGGACCGUGUGACACUACGAUGAUGUUUAUGCAACCCACUAAGCCAACAGAACCCGUACAGAACGAUUUCAUAUUCCUACCCUAUUCAACCUUAGUUCUAUUGCGUCGGCAUCCAUAACCAGCCACAAUAAUAUAAAAAUUACAGUACGUCAUAAGAUCAUCAUACACAAGGUAACACUUAUUAUAACAUUGGAUGCAAGUACAUCAGUUGUGUUACAGGCUCCAUCAUUUGCGUCGUGAUGUAUCUGGCACUCUUCACUCCUAGAAACUGUUGCUCUACUAUCUAACCUAAAGCUGGACGGGGGUUUGGAGAUGCUCAAAGGUAAAGGCACAGUGAAUUUUAGUAACACUUGAAUUAUACUUGAAGCUGAGGUUAUUUAGGCUUUGGUGUGUAUAAAGGUUCGCAGGCAAAACCAUAUGUAGCUGGGGAUAAAAUGGCAAAGUUAAAAUUAAGGCUUUUUAUGGUUUCGCCUGUCAUGGGGACAGUAAUAAAGUGCACCUUUAUUUUC